AUGGAUUCAACCAGUCAAGGAUUUUAUGAUCCUUUGCCGCCUUCAGAUUCCAAAGAAUUACGAAAUAUUGAAGGGGGAGAAUAUUUUUUACCAAGCGCUGACAAAAAUAUUGAAAGAUUACAAAUGCAACACUUUUUAUUCAGAUGUAUUUGGCAAUCAAAUUAUUCUGCCCCAGUUGAAGAAUUUUUCGAGCCUAGCGGCGCGAAGGUAUUAGACGUUCAAUGUGGCAGUGGUAUUUGGAUGAGCGAUCUGGCCAACGAGUUUCCUAAUUCGACAUUUGUCGGCGUAGAUGAUGAUUCAGACCGUGCUAGAAUAGAAAUUCAAUUACCCAACGCCGCAUUUCUUCAUCACAAUAUAAAAGAUGGUUUACCCUUUCCCGAAGACACCUUUGAUUUUGUCCAUCAAAGAUUUUUUACUUCUGUAAGUGAAGUUGAUUGGCGAAAAUAUAUGUUGCUGGACAUGAUCAGAGUAUUGAAACCUGGAGGAUUGAUAGAGUUGAUGGAAAUGUCUCGUUUAUCCAAUGCUGGUCACGUGACGAUAAAAAUGUUCGAGGCUUAUGAAAAGUUUAAUUUGUCGAGAGAAGUUUAUCAGUUGGAUCCUCACGGAUUUCAACAAGCCUUAAAAUCCACAGGAUUGAUUAAAUCCAUAGAAUCAGAGUACAGGAUUACUCCACUAUUUGGCGGAAGAGCUUCUCAACUGGUUUGUCAAAAUAUAUUUAAACGAUUUGAAACAAAGAAAAAAGAAUUUUGUGAAUUUUUGAAUUUAAGCGAAUCAGAACUUGAUGAGAAUUUAGAGAAGAUGCGUGAAGAAGUUAUUAAACACAACACCUAUUGUAAAACUUUCAGGGUUUACGGAAAAAAGAUAUGA